CGGAGUUAUCGGCAAACUUUUUUUCUUUUUGGUUGUCCUUCUGCGCAGUAAUGCACUCAGUAUCGACGGGUGAAAUUUCCUUCGCUAGCCAUGACUAAGCUACUCGCUGCUACAAGAGCAAUUUCGGAACAAUGAAAUACCGACGGCAAACCGCCAUUUCUCAUUCCGUUAACAAGUGGCCUUUGCUCUGGGACGCCUUACAAUACUGCAGUAUGAACCUCUUUACUGCUUCACAAAUUGCUGGUCACACUGAUUUGACCGAUUAGUAAUGAGUGCUCUUGUGACUCAUAUAAAUAUUACUGUGCAUUGAUGGCGGUUUUGGAAAGUUCACUCCAGCAAAGAUGAAAGCAGCAGUACUAAACGAGCGCAAAGUUGAGCUUGACGUUCAAGAAUAUCCCGAUCCUGUCCUUACUCCUGGGUCUGCUAUCGUCAAGGUUUUAGCUGCACCAGUUGUCCAUCAUUAUACUGCUGUUUUUUCAGGCGAAAUUCCUUUCCCAUUGGUGCUUCCCUUAAUUCCUGGUUGCAGUGCCAUUGGUGAAAUCGAAGAAGUUGGCCCAGAUGCUCAUAAUUUGAAGAAAGGAGACCUUGUUUAUGUCGACCCUACCAUUCGAACUCGAGAUGAUCCUCAUAGCCCUGAAACCAUUCUUCAAGGUCUCUUUCUACCCCCUGGUAGCUUGUCGGAUGUCUUUCGUAACGGUGGCUUCGCCGAGAAAAUGUUAGUGCCUCUAGAGAAUGCUAUUCCUAUCCCAUCUUCGCUAGGUAGAGACGCAGCCAAGCUUACAAGCAUUAAUCGAAUGCUUGUACCAUAUGGAGGUCUUUUAUCUGGAAAUUUUGAACCUGGACAAACGGUCUUGCUUCUUGGUGGUACCGGAUAUUAUGGAGCCUGUGGAAUAGGUGUCGCUCUCGCCAUGGGUGCUCGUAAAGUGGUACUACCUGGUCGAAGUCUUGAAAAGCUGGAGGCUUUUGUGAAGAAAUUUGGCGACCGAGUUGUUCCUGUUCAGCUCUCUGAGGACGAACAAGAAAACAUUGCCGCGUUUAAUAAGGCUGCCGAUGGACCCAUUGAUUUGGUGCUGGAAUUACUAGAUGCCACUGCUCCAGUGUCUAUUAUACGAUCUGCAAUUUUGUCUCUUCGAAGUUUUGGAACUGGCGUCAUCAUGUCUGGUCGGCCCGACAAUCUGGAAUUACCGUUUAUGCCUAUCAUGGUCAAAUCUUUAACCAUCAAAGGCUGCUUCAUGUAUCCCAGAACAGCCUGCAAGAAGCUGAUCGGCCUUAUGGAAGCUGGCUUGCUGAAACCUGACUGGUUUGAUACUGACGACCAAUAUAGCCUGGAUAACGUAAAUGAAGCAGUCCAACAUGCUAAGAAGGCUGCUGGUCCGUUCAAUAUUACUAUUGUUGUGAACUGAUCCUUUGUAUGGUUUCAUCCAUUGCAAUUUUUGUACGAAAAAAUGAGGCGGUCGUC